AUUACACCCAGUUCAUAUUAUAACAGUCCAAGUAAAAUAAUGUACAGUUGACAUUCAUGCACCUAGUGAGUAUAUUUGAAGUAUGUUGUCAUACUGAAAUGCUACCAUGGCGACGACCCUUAACUCUGUACCACGUGGUUCGAGCGAGUGAGCAUUCUUGCCAUUCUGCUGAACUGUGUGACUCUGGGGAUGUUUCAGCCUUGUGGACACACUCCAUACUUGCUACAGGCUCUAGACGAUGGGAUCUUUGCAUUCUUUGCUGGAGAAAUGGUGGUGAAAAUGGUCGCUCUCGGGGUAGUAGGUCAGAAAGGUUAUCUAGGCGACACAUGGAACAGAUUGGACUUCUUCAUAGUUAUUGUGGGAAUGCUGGAGUACUCUCUGGACGGACACAACGUCAGCCUAUCAGCCAUCAGAACUGUUCGGGUUCUCCGCCCACUGCGAGCCAUCAACAGAGUUCCCAGUAUGCGCAUCCUGGUGACCCUCCUCCUGGAUACACUUCCAAUGCUGGGCAAUGUGUUGGCCCUCUGCUUCUUUGUCUUCUUCAUCUUUGGCAUCGUUGGCGUUCAGCUGUGGGCGGGGCUACUGAGGAACCGCUGUUUCAUGGGAGAGGAUGUCAGAAUGACAUACAACAUCACCUUCCUGAAUGGCUAUUAUCAGCCUGAAGGCACAGACGACCAUCCGUUCAUCUGCUCGAUGGAGAGGGAAAACGGGAUGCUUCGUUGCUCUGACGUGCCUCGUCGUCGUGUGGGUCGGACCUACUGCUCACUGGGGCCUGAGGAAGCCCACUCAGAGACAGGGCUGACAGUGGACGGACCAGUGUCAUGUGUAAACUGGUACCAAUACUACAACCAGUGUCGGGCAGGAGAAAUAAACCCCCACAAAGGAGCUAUUAACUUUGAUAAUAUCGGAUAUGCAUGGAUUGCUAUAUUUCAGGUAAUUACCUUGGAGGGUUGGGUGGACAUCAUGUACUACGUAAUGGAUGCACACUCCUUCUAUAACUUCAUCUACUUCAUUUUUCUCAUCAUUGUGGGCUCCUUCUUUAUGAUCAACCUGUGCCUGGUUGUCAUUGCCACCCAGUUUUCUGAAACAAAACAGAGAGAACAUGCCUUAAUGAAAUCAGAGCAGCGCGCCCGGCAGCUCCACCAAUCAGCUUCCACACUGGCCAGCGACAGUCAGCCCGGGAGUUGCUACGAGGAGAUCAUCCGCUAUCUGGCCCACCUGGUUCGGAAGGCAUGGCGCCGGCUGUCACGCUGGAUUGUUUGGACUCGCCUGCGUCUCCGCUGCUCUUGCGUCUGCCAGAAAGAGGCCGGGUCGGCUGGAGGGAGCGGAGUUGGGGAGAUGAAUGGACUCGCCAACCGGCACUCAGGCCAUGCCCCCAAUGACUUGUCACACCUUCAUCAAGUUUAUCAUCUCCAUCACCAGCAGCAUCACCAUCAUCAGCUGCAGCAGCCUCAGCCACAGCUGGCCGUCAGCAACAGAGGGACUGGCUUUAAUUAUCCCUUCAUAUCGUCCCUUCUCAGUCACCUGGAUGGAAAGGACCGGGACCAGAAGAGGGCGGUUGCUUUGGAUACCAUCAACAGACUGCCACAGCUGGUGCUCGAGCAUGGUGUGUCUGCUGGUUAUCCCUCUCUACCUCUGCCUGGCGAAGCCUCUGGAGAUUCCUCAGUGUGUCCUUACUGCGUCUACUACAACCAACUCAGAGAACAUCCGGAUGAGCAGCUGGAAGACCCUCUUCAUGGAAACUUGUGUCACAUCGACAACCUGUGUCACAAUGACAGUCCAUGUAACAGCCCGCAGCGAUCUGAGUCAAAGACAAGCAUCUGGAAAUGCGGUUGGCUGAGACUCCGAAACAAGUUAGAACUUAUUGUCUGCAGCAGAUACUUCAGCAGAGGAAUCAUGAUUGCCAUCCUCAUUAACACGCUGUCGAUGGGCAUAGAGUACCACGAGCAGCCGCAGGAGCUGACAGACAUUUUGGAGAUCAGCAACAUGGUGUUCACUAGCCUCUUCAGCCUGGAGAUGCUUCUUAAGAUGCUGGCUCUCGGCCUCUUUGGCUACAUCAAGAACCCUUACAAUAGCUUUGAUAGUAUCAUUGUUAUAAUCAGUGUGUGGGAGAUUGUGGGUGAGGCCGAGGGAGGCCUAUCAGUACUGCGUACCUUUCGCCUGCUGAGAGUUUUGAAGCUGGUGCGCUUCCUUCCUGCUCUGAGGAGGCAACUGGUGGUGCUCAUGAAGACCAUGGACAAUGUAGCCACAUUCUCCAUGCUGUUAAUGCUCUUCAUCUUCAUAUUCAGGUAUUUGAAAGUCUCUUUAGCUUUAUUUAUACAUAAUUAGGCCAGAGCAGCUAAGUGCUGUGAGGGCCUAUUGUAAUCAUAGUGUUUCUUCUUAUUAUUACGAUUCUUCCAUCAAAUGAAUUGGCUUUUUGGGGUCUUUAUCAUAUUCAAAAAGUCACCAAACUUCACAGAAAAUUGUCCCCCAAUUAAAAUGUUCACAUUCUGGUGGAAUCGCAAGUGGGCGUGGCCAAAGUGCCACAGUGAGUAGUCGGGCAAUAACUUUUUAGUAAUGGCAAAAUAAACAUUAAGCCUGUGUUGGAGAUUUUCCGUUCUCCAGCUUGGUUCAUAAUGUAUGGGUUCAAGAAGAGUCGGCGAGUUUAAAUCAUUAGUCCAGUUUAUUAAGGCCAAAUGACAGUAUUGGUCCACUGUCAUGCCUCCUUAUGGGAAAUAACAAAUGGUGCCUGACAACAGUUUCUGAUUACUUUUCGAGAGCUUUAUCUAAGCUGGGCCCUUAAGAGGGCGUUCCCUUAUACUAGUGUUUUGUCAACCUUUUUUGGGCUAACCCCCCUAUCCAUUAUUCAGGUUUCCUACUGCCCCCCCCUCAAAGAUUUUGUAGGCUACUUUGCCUACAAAUAUUUUAUUAUUAAUUUUACUAUCAUUAUAAUUGAUGUUUUGAUUUUUAUGGUUGUUUCUGUGUUUAUCAUCAAAAAUAAUUUACCAGACAACAACAAAAAAAGCAAUGUGAAUAGAAAUUAUUUUUACAGGCAUUUAGGAAAAAUGCAAUGAACAGCGCAGGAUAUGCUGGUCAAUAUAUUACUCUCUGCUCUGCGGGUUAAGGGAGAUGUUGUAUUGGUUGUCAUGGCAACGGCUCUGUAUGCAGACACAGGAAGCGAGAAAACCCAGAAUAUAAAUGGUUUAAAGUUGUUUCACCUGUUUAUUAGCUUAAAUCCCCAUUGCUGUGGUGCUCUGCAGCUGCUGUCAUUGUUAAACCUUUAAUAAAUGACAAAAACGGGACUAAUUGCCUCAUUUGUUUGAACAUUUAAUCAUCAAUUAGGAUGACAUAUUUCAUAUGUCCCAUAUAUGAAAUAUAUGAGUUAUGGUUUGUUACAGUUUGACAAACUAAUAAAAUUAACAGCAGGAACUAUGUAAUUAUUCACCAAUAUAAAAGAGCAAUUUGCUUAGUUCUCUCUUGCAUCUUGAUAGAAACCAAACUGCUUAUAGAUUUAUAUCAAGGGAGAAUACUUACAAACAUCAGCAAUUUCCUCAGUUUUCAUUUAAACCAUGUUUAUAGAAAUCAGGUAGUAAAUAAAGGCACUACAAUCAUUUUGUGACAGAUUCCUGCUCAUCCCACAUUGGAACACCCUGGUUUAGUGGACAGACUCACCAUGUAGUAAUGGCGCCUGCAGGAGCGUCGCUAGCGUUAGCGGCUAACAGGCGAUGUCCAAACCAGUAAUGUAUAUCAAUGAAGAAAUCCUACAAUAGCUAAAUUCUGACACUGCUCUGUUUUCGUUUACUUUUUGUGAAGAAGGAAAUUGCUCUGGUCUUUUUCAGAGAUUUCGUGUUGAUUUCUUCAGUAGUUCUUGGUGCAGCGCCCCCCACAGAUGGGGGGAACAGGUUUUUCAGUUAGUUUUAGUCAUUUGACACAGUGCAGUGUGAAUGCGAACUACAGUUCUGAAAAUGUAACAAAUGUUGCAAUUUUAGUCCCCAAUCGAACCGAGUCUACCGGUCUAUCCGGUCUGAAUGCACCCUAAGUUUAUUUUGUUCUUCAUUCAUUUCCAUUUAGUUUUCUUUUAUUAGUAUUGUUAUUUUUUGGUUUAUUGUUAUCUCCUUGUUAGUUUCUUGUUACUAGUUUUAUUUUAUUGUUUAUUGAUUCUCACCACCAGUAAUCUUCACUCAUCAUGCCAUUCACUUGCUGCACCAUUUAAUCAUGUGAUUUACCAGAUUUUCCACUCAUAAGGUUUUGAUUUUUCACUGUUCAGCACGGCAUUGUUUGUGUUAACCUGUGUUAAACUCUAUAAAUGAACGCUCUCUAUCAUGGUAUCAUCCAUGGAAGGAUUUCUUUAUUUAAAUGGGUUCAUUUUUCUGAUGGACACACAGUGAGGGUAUCAUGAUUUUAGUACACUUUUUAAUAUAAAUUGCUACUUUGACAUGAUCACAGUACUACCAAAACAUAUGUACAAAAUCCUCAAUAAAACAUAAAAUAUUUGAAAAUCAGACACCAGACAAGUGAAUCACAGCACCGUCAUCAGCCGGUGUAACGCUGAACUGAUGUGGUGAAGCUACCAGUAGCAGGAGAGGCUAACAAACACUGAAGAGAAGAAGAGCUGCCAUCGAUACAGUUGCAGCCAAGCAUGUUUUAUUGUUACACAAUACCGUUUUAGUAAGUUGCUCAAAGUCUAAACUGGUAUUGUUGUGCAUUUAAGGGGUAAAUUUGACCUUCGAGCAAACGCCCCCCAAAGGAAUAGCAGCGCCCGCUUUUGUAAAUUUGUCUUCCACGCUACCUUACCUAGUCAUUUCCUUAAUCAUUCGUGUAUAUAUGUGCCUACGUGUGCAUGUAUGUAUGCGUGUGUGUAUGCGAUUAUGCAAGCAGGUAAAAAAGAUAGAAUUAUUUAUUCCCAACAUCUGAAAAUAAAAAAAAACAUAAAACUGUAACGGACUGAUUGUUCUGUUUUGGUGUACUUGCGUACUUUAUUGUAUGAGAAAUGUGUUUGAGGUUUUUUAUGUUAAUUCCUGAUACACUUGAAUGUAAUCUGUGCUCUAUGGGGUCAUGGAGCUGUUGCUUGUUAGUUGCCAUGGCAAUGGGUCAGCGUGUGACGGUAAACUGACACAGACUGAGAAAAAUAGAAUAUAACUGGUUUUAAGUUGUUCUCCACCUGUUUUUCUACAUCCCUGGACUAAAUGCCUCAUAUCUUCAUAGAACGUAGCAAUACUCAAAGCAGUCAUCAAACA